CGCGCGCGCGCCAUUCUCCUCGAGAGUAACUUCCAAUGGAUCCCAACAAGAUCAUCGAGGCCCUGAGGGGCACCAUGGACCCCGCGCUCAGGGAGGCGGCCGAGCGACAACUCAAUGAGGCCAACAAAGCUGUCACCUUUGUGUCAACACUUCUACAAAUCACAAUGUCAGACCAACUGGAUUUACCUGUACGACAAGCAGGUGUAAUUUACUUGAAAAACACAAUAACGCAGUUCUGGGCUGAGCGUGAAGCUACUUCAGGUGACAUGCAGCCAUUUACCAUCCCAGAAGACGAUCGCCAGUUCAUCCGCGACAACAUAAUAGAGGCUAUUAUCCAGUCACCUGAGCUGAUCAGAGUGCAGCUUACAACUUGCAUUCACCAAAUAAUCAAGCAUGACUAUCCAGGCCGAUGGACUGCUGUGGUGGAUAAAAUUGGAUUUUAUUUGCAGUCGGACAACAGUGCCUGUUGGCUUGGAAUCCUCCUCUGCCUCUACCAACUGGUGAAGAACUAUGAGUACAAGAAACCAGAGGAGCGUAGCCCAUUAAUAGCAGCUAUGCAACACUUUCUGCCAAUGAUGAAGGAUCGAUUUGUCCAGCUUUUCUCCGACCCUUCAGAUCACUCUGUCCUCAUACAGAAACAGAUCUUCAAAAUUUUCUAUGCACUUGUUCAGUACACUCUGCCAUUGGAGCUGAUACACCAACAAAACCUAACCGAAUGGAUGGAAAUACUCAAAACUGUUGUUAAUAGAGAUGUCCCUCCAGAAACUCUUCAAGUAGAUGAAGAUGAUCGGCCUGAGCUCCCUUGGUGGAAGUGCAAGAAAUGGGCUUUACACAUCUUGGCCAGAUUGUUUGAAAGGUAUGGAAGUCCGGGUAAUGUUUCCAAAGAAUAUAAUGAAUUUGCUGAAGUGUUCCUCAAGGGUUAUGCUGUUAGCAUCCAGCAGGUGCUGUUUAAAGUGUUGUAUCAAUACAAAGAAAAACAGUAUGUGGCUCCACGUGUAUUGCAGCAAACUCUGAAUUACAUUAACCAGGGUGUUGCUCAUGCUGUUACCUGGAAGAAUCUAAAGCCUCAUAUCCAGGGUAUUAUCCAAGAUGUUGUCUUCCCCUUGAUGUGCUACACUGAUGCAGAUGAGGAACUCUGGCAGGAAGAUCCAUAUGAGUAUAUUCGCAUGAAAUUUGAUGUGUUUGAAGACUUCAUUUCUCCGACGACAGCUGCUCAAACAUUACUUUAUACAGCUUGCAGUAAGAGGAAAGAAGUGUUGCAGAAAACUAUGGGGUUCUGUUACCAAAUUCUUACAGAACCAACUGUUGAUCCUCGGAAGAAAGAUGGAGCUUUGCAUAUGAUUGGAUCGUUAGCAGAAGUACUAUUAAAGAAAAAGAUCUACAAGGAUCAGAUGGAAUUUAUGUUACAGAACCAUGUCUUCCCAUUAUUCAGCAGUGACCUGGGGUACAUGAGAGCAAGGGCCUGUUGGGUCCUUCAUUAUUUCUGUGAAGUUAAGUUUAAAAUUGACCAGAACCUGCAGACUGCUCUGGAGCUGACUCGGCGAUGCCUAAUUGAAGAUAAGGAAAUGCCUGUGAAAGUAGAGGCUGCUAUAGCUCUUCAGGUCCUCAUCAGUAACCAAGAGAAAGCUAAGGACUACAUCAAACCUUUUAUUAGACCUGUGAUGCAGGCCUUACUACACAUUGUGAGAGAGACUGAGAAUGAUGACUUAACUAACGUGAUUCAAAAAAUGAUCUGUGAAUAUAGUGAAGAGGUGACCCCUAUUGCUGUGGAGAUGACUCAGCAUUUGGCAAUGACCUUUAACCAAGUAAUCCAAACGGGUCCGGAUGAAGAAGGCAGUGAUGACAAAGCAGUUACAGCCAUGGGAAUCCUUAACACAAUAGAUACACUCCUUAGUGUUGUGGAGGAUCACAAGGAGAUCACCCAGCAGCUUGAAGGCAUCUGUUUACAGGUUAUUGGAACAGUCUUGCAACAACAUGUGUUGGAAUUUUAUGAAGAAAUCUUGUCCUUGGCACACAGUCUGACCUGUCAGCAGGUCUCACCACAGAUGUGGCAGCUCUUGCCUCUUGUCUUUGAGGUGUUUCAGCAAGAUGGUUUUGACUAUUUUACUGAUAUGAUGCCUCUCUUACACAAUUAUGUAACGGUUGACACCGACACGCUAUUGUCUGACACCAAAUAUCUGGAAAUGAUCUACAGCAUGUGCAAAAAGGUAUUAACAGGGGAUGCAGGAGAGGAUGCAGAAUGCCAUGCAGCUAAACUGCUAGAAGUCGUUAUUCUACAGUGUAAGGGCCGAGGCAUUGACCAGUGUAUACCGCUGUUUGUAGAAGCAGCACUUGAGAGGCUGACCAGGGAAGUAAAGACCAGUGAAUUAAGGACUAUGUGUCUGCAAGUUGCCAUUGCUGCAUUGUACUACAGCCCCCAUCUCCUGUUGAGCACCUUGGAAAAUCUGCACUUCCCCAACAACACAGAGCCAAUCACCACACAAUUUGUUAACCAGUGGCUUAAUGAUGUAGAUUGCUUUUUAGGUUUACAUGACCGGAAAAUGUGUGUGUUGGGUCUAUGUGCCCUGAUUGAGCUAGAACAGAGGCCACAGAUUUUGAACCAGGUUUCAGGGCAAAUCCUACCAGCUCUGACCCUCCUCUUCGGUGGAUUGAAGAGAGCCUAUGCUUGCCGUGCAGAGCAUGAAAACGAUAGUGACGAUGAUGAGGAUGGAGAUGAAGAUGAUGAAAAUGAAUUGGGAAGUGAUGAAGAUGAUAUUGAUGAGGAUGGACAAGAGUAUCUGGAAAUGCUGGCGAAGCAGGCGGGGGAAGAUGGUGAUGACGAGGAAUGGGAGGAUGAUGAUGCAGAGGAGACUGCUCUGGAGGGAUACUGCACCAUUGUUGAUGAUGAAGAUAGCAAUAUAGACGAAUAUCAAAUAUUCAAAACUGUACUCCAAACUACUCAAAACCGCGAUCCAACCUGGUACCAAGCCCUAACGUGUAAUCUCACUGAUGAGCAUAGGAAGCAGUUACAAGAUAUUGGAACUCUUGCAGACCAGAGAAGAGCUGCUCUAGAGUCCAAAAUGAUUGAAAAACAUGGUGGAUACAAGUUCAAUACUCCUGUAGUGCCAACUUCAUUCAAUUUUGGUGGUUCUGCCCCAGGAAUGAAUUGAGUUUGCUUUUGAUUCAUUGUACUGUGUGACUGAUUGUAGUGAAAGCUUGUGUUGUUCCUUCCAGUAGUGGUUCCAAAAAAUAAUAAAAUAAAUCCGUUCUCAUCCACAAAAUUCACUCAACUUCCUACUACUGUACGUGGAAUGGACAAAAUGCCCAGAGAAGUGGGAUUUUGAUCAUGAGAGCCCUCUGGAAAAGAAAAAACAGGUUUCAGAGGAACAUCGGCCUGAGAGAGAGACUAGUGUAAACAAAUCUCCAAACCUAUUGCAUCAUGGGAACCUGAAAGGCGAGGGGGAAUGUCAUGUUGACAGCUUUUUUUUCUUGGUUACAUUUCAGGCUAGGAAAUCAUUGGCUUCUGGGACAAUUUCAGCACAUCUGUAGUUUAGGCUAGCAGGCUCCUCCAAUGUUUACAUCCAUAAGAGUGUUGGUAUUAGUCUGGUUUUCCACAUUUCAAGUUCAUUUUUAAUGUAAAUAUGCCAUGGCACGUGGAUAACUUGCAAAAUUGUCUCCAAAUUUUCCUGUUCACCCAGGAUUAAAAAUGAUUGUAUUCAGAUGUAGAGUAUCGGACACGGAUCAUAACACUACAUAAUGGCAGAUGUGUAUUUGUAAAUGCAUAAAUAGCACUUUGAUAUUAUGAAAGCCUUCUAGCCUUCUGUAUUGAAUAGCAAGUUUAUUUGCUAUUCUAUUACAAAUUUAAGGGACAUGUGGUCUAAAUAUAAGUGGAGUCAUUAAGUUUAAAAAUUGUGCUCUUUGACCAGAGGUGUCUUGCCUGUAGCCACCACCUCUGGUUUUGAUUGGGAUUUUGGCUGUAAAAGAGUCAAUGAUAUUCCAUUGCUGCUGAAAAUGGAAAUGCCCUCAGUGCCCUUUUUUAAGCUCUCUAUUUACAAGUCUUUAAAAAUGAAAUUUGGAUACAGUGAAAUUGUUGUAAGCACUGAUGAGACUAAUUCAGUAAACAAAGUCUAUAUAGAAGCAUGUAAAAUUGGACCUGAACAUGAAGCUCUAAUAUUAAGAGCAAAAAAAACAAAAGUACUGUAAUUGGUUGAUGUGUGUAUGGAUGAUCCAUCUGUAUAUGCAACAAACUAUUAAAAAAAAAUUGGGUUGAACUUUGUUGUAAAAAGUCAUUUGUGUAAAUUACAUACCUUUUUUUGUUUUUUCUAAAAAAAAGGGCUUUCGAGGUUAGGAGUAAAAUACACUGGUUACCCUUUAAAGGCGAGUGUUUCUUCAUGAGUAACCCGUUUUGUCAUUCUCAACACACAAUCCAAAUUGAGAUGUGCACAGUAAACAGAUUAUGGUUACACUUGUGCUUAUAAAAUGCGGUGCAGUGUCACUUAGUGACUAAAAUAAGUGUUUUUAAAAAGUGAAUUGGUUAUCUGUUCAUUGAGGUUGCAAACCAGUUUUGGCUGCGCUGGCUAGUUAUCAUUUGAACAGAUCUACCUUGUCUUUAAGAUAACGCUUAAAAAAAAAUCACUAUUGCAUUAUGCUGCACUUUUUUAACACAGGCUGUGAUCAGGAGGUGCCAAAGUUGAGAAAUGGUGAUUUUGGAAUUCACUGCAGUAUUGUGGCAGAUGAUUAAAGGUUGGAAGAUGGAGUGUUUGAAGUGCAGAAAAUCACGCUGGAAGGCUGGGGAAUUGGACAGGAGCACCAAAGUGGCUGAAGUUGGCACAGAAGCUAUUAUAUAUCGGAUCAGAAUGACAAUAUACAAGACCAAGGAUGAUGAAGUUGGGACGUUUGAGUAUCUACCAAUAAAACCAGGCAGUGAUGUCGCAGAAGAACGAACAUUAAUCAUUUUUGCAGAUUGCUGUAACCCUGUGGUGAUAUUCAGUUACAAAACUUUAUUUAAAAAAAAUUGAGCGCUCAGUACUGAACAUGAAAAGCUAAUUAAAUUUAACACGCAACCAGUUGGGUUGAGGAUGUUGCCAGAGUACAUUGUUGUCUCUGAGAAGUGUAUUUUGAAUGUAGCUCUUAAAAUAUCAACUGCAUUAAAUUGACCUUUUCACUUUG